UUUCGAUAUCCCAUCACUAAUAUACAAUGCUAUGUACGCUAUACACAAUGUUUAAAUAAUUCUGAAAUAUUUUUUAGCUUUAUGUGUAAUAAUUAAUAGUGAAAAAAAUGUCUCGAAGAAAAAGUGAAAAUUUAAAACGUUAUUCUACAGUAGGUAGAUUGAGCAUAAAUACUACAGGGAGCCUUGACGACGAUUCGAAUGUAUUCAAUGCAAAUGAUCCUGUUUUCUACAAUCGAAUGGGACAGUUCAAGCGCUCCUUAGAUGCCACUCAUACAGAAUCAAGUCAUUUUGACUCGGAGUCACUAGUAUCAGCGGGAACACCUCCCAAAAAUUGGCACAAGAACUUGGAUAAAUUUAAUAAAACAUUAAUGCAUUCUCCUGCAAAGCGUAAUCCUCAUCAUUUAAAUACAGGACAAGUUGCAGAGCAAACUGGAAGAGAAAUGUUUGCGUCGAACAAGUCCCCAUCCGAAGAGGAGUCCCUGAACAAAACCAAAAAUUCAGAAUUGACUGACUUGGACAAAUCUACUACUCUUAAUUAUUCAGAAGAACUCCUCAAGAAACGCAAACCACGAACUUUACAAAAACUUGGGAACAUUGAAAGUAAAUCGACAGAUGUUUUUAAGAAAUUCUUUGAUGAUGACAGCUCAAGCGAUGCGCCUAAAGGGAAACAAGCUUCCUUGGAAAUUUCAAACAGAAGGAGAUUAAAUGAAAGAAGCAAGUCGAAAAAUUCAGAAACGACAGACUCGGACAAAAGCGUUGAAUUCGAUUAUUCAGAAAAGCUCCUUAAGAAACGCAAACCAAGAACUUUACAGAAAUUUGGAAACGUUGUAAGUAAAUCAACAGAAAGUGUUUUUAAGAAAUUUUUUGAUGAUGAUGAUGAUAGUUUAAACGAUAAGCCUAGAGAGAAACAAGAUUCCAUGGAAAUUUCAAGCAGAAGAAGAAAUACCUCCAACGAAAGUGCAAACGCGUCUCAAACUAAAGCAAUUAUAUCAGUGAGUCGGAAGAGAAAGUUAGAAGGUCUUGAAACAAGUCACAAUUCAUCACUCACCAAGAAAAGGAGCUCAGCGGGAUCUGAAAAAAGUGUUAAUCUGUCACAUAGUCCAACUAUGUCGUUAAAGUAUAUAGAAAAAAGUGAAACGUUUACACAACCUCAGAAAGAGAAGUUAAGGGAGCUUUUAAAUGAAAGUAUCAGUAAAGCAAGACUUGGUAAAAAUGAAUCAACAGCAAGUCGGAAAGUAUUGAUCUCUCCUCCUAUUGAAGGCGAUAAAUCAACCACCGAAAUUGUUCAAGAUUCAAAUUUACAGUCGAAAAGUAUCUCCAGACAUUCACAAAAAAGCACUCAUGUUCAAAAUAAAAGUGCAGGAAAAAGGAGUUUUGUCAUUAAUGAACAAAGUGCUGUUGACAAUUCAGAAUCAGAAAUUGACGUGGAAUCGAGAAAUGAACAAACUUUAAAGGGUGAUGCGUUACAAAAAAUUGCUCAACUUGAUAAUCUUCAUGUGUUGAAUGCUUCUCAAAGCGAGGAGUUGGUGAACAAUAGACACAGUAUUUCCGACAGCAAUAUUAAAUUAAAAUCUCCGAGGAGAAGUUCUCGUUUGAACAAAAGUGUUGAGUUCGAAAGGCAGUUUAUAUCCAGCCACUUGAGUAAUAAUUUCAUUGAGGAGCCUCAAUUUGAAUCGACGAGGAAAUUAGACUCGAAUCAAUCCAGGCCAAGUCCAAGGAAACGAGAAGCUAUUAGGAAAUCAAGAUCGAGUGGCAUCCAAGUUGUUGAUGAAGGUUCAGAGAUUAAGCCAAGUGCAGCAGUGCAAAGUGAAAAAACAGUGUCUCUUAAUAACUCCAAGACUCUAAAUCGAGAUGUUAGCGAUGAGAAAGAGGCAUCUAAUUACAAUAUCCAAGUUACUACUUCUAAUUCUAGUCCUAAAAGUAGUACGUCGAGAAAGAGCGAUGCAGUGAAUAAUUGGCCAAAAUCAAACUCGAAGACUAUUGGAGAUGACCAUUCCGAAAAGUCUCUUACAAUUAGCUUAUCUGAGGAAGGAAGCUCUCGUGCAAGUGUAUCAUCUAGAGAGGGAUCUGUUGAGGAAUUCCCUCACAACAGCAGUCAACGAUUGUCGUCAAGCUUCAAGAGGAGCCCUCAAAAGAGUUGUUCGCCGGCAAGUGCCAAUAAAAGUAUCCAAGACACAGAGCAUCGAUCCCAAAAACCAAAAAUUAUCAGUUCUCAAAUUGUAAAUCCCAACGAUAUUGACUUGAACAAACUGAGAGGAAAUUACAAAGAAUCGCAGACUGAGGAGAGUGUUGAGGGCAACCUUGAGGGCAACCUCGAGAGAUCCGGCAGAAAUUUCAAGACUUUUUCGAAACGUCCUCGCGUAUCAACAAUUGAGGAAGAGUUCAGCCUGAUGCAUGGAGUUGAAGACGAUCAAGUUCCAUCCACUUCCGACGGUCGAACCGGCAAUUCUCGAAAUCGUACCACCCUUGUAAGCAAUAAUGUAAGCAAUACGCUCAAGUCCACAACGCAGCACAAUUCUUCCCUGAAGAGUCUGCGAAAAACAUUAGAAAGCGAAGAAGACAGCGAAUAUAGCGAUAAUCCUUUGAUAACCUAUUAUCAAGAUGAUGAAAUUAAUAAGGAAGAGAGUCCUACUUCUUCACCAGCCGCUGACAGAAGCAACAAGCAAAACAAGGAGAAUGUUCCAGAACCAAAUAAAGUUGAGGAAAAUAAAAAUAUCAAAGACUUUGUUGAAUCAAGAACUAGAGAAAGUUUAGCUACUUCAACAAAAUCAGUUGCGAAACUCAAUACGGAUAAUAGUGAGUUAAUGACUGUUUCAGAAGUGAUGAACGAUAAGAAGAAAUGGGAAGAAUUCUAUAAAAGAUUGUCAGAAAAUAAAAGGCAGACACAAAAGAGAUUGGAUGCAGCAGCGGCAGCGGCAGCUAGGCUCAAAGUUGAGGCCCAGAAGAAGACUGUCAAGCCAAUUAAAGAAAAGAAACUACCAAAACCUGUUCAUCCUGCUUAUCUGGUGAAUGGAAAAGUUUACAAGCAACCAAAACUUCCUAGGCCGAUGCCUUGGGCCACAGACAGACUGUACGACUACAUCUCGAAAAAGAUAGAACCAAAAUAUGACAUCAGAACGAGAAUAGAAUCCGGCAAUAUUGUUAAUCAUUUGGCUGCAGUUGUUAAGAAAACCUUGAAAGCAAAGUUGUUCAAAAAUUAUGCGGAGGAGCUUGGAAACCUGAAGAAACACAUGGCUGAAGCAGGACUCAUUGUUACUGACAAGGAUUUCAUAGAUUUUUGCACCGAGUACCUACCAAUCAGCUUUAGAAUGAAGGCGACGCCAAUGUUGCUUCCCGGCAACAAAAUGAACAUGCCUUACGAUUGGUCAAAACUUUACACUCCUAUAGAAUAUUAAUAACUUUACAACACUUUAUAUGGUAAAUUAAAAGGCUAAAUUAUCAAAAUUAUUGCACAAAUGUAUAAGCAAAUUGUUGAAAGGCAUUUAUUACACUUACACUUUUAUAUUACAUUCACAAAUUUCUUUCGUUAAAUUAUCAUUAGAAUUCAUGCAAAAAAUUAAACUACAUUUAUCAUAAUAUAUUUCGCGCUUCAGUAAGUGUUAAUAUUUAUUUUUCUAAUGAUUUUAUAAGAAGAGAAAAUGUUUCUAUUUUUAUAGUUACCCAAAGUGUUCCAAUUAUCUAUAAUUAAUUUUACAUAAAAAUUAAUUAUUUUCAUAAGAAAUAAAAUAAUUAACAAACAGUAAAAUGUUUUUAAUGGAAUAUUUCAUAUUCUGUUUGUAUUACGAGUUAUUUGUAUUUAAUAUACAUAUCUCAAGUCAAACGUGGAUUUAUAUAUGUUAAAUAAAUUAUUUAAAUAAAAAUUUGUUUUUGCUUUAGUGAAAAA